AGUCUAAGUAUUGCUAUCUACAACCGUGGUUCUACUAAACAAUUGAAGAUUUGAAGUACAAUUGACCAUAUUUUAACCAAAACCAAACCAAUUGUUAAUUGUUAUCAUUUUGGAAUUUGCUAAUAUUAGUAUUUGCCAUUUGGAGUGAGUAGUUAGUACUUUUUACGAUAUUAUAAAUAUCAAUAGAUUCCUGAAUUUUUGUUGUAUGGUUUAAUUAUUAACUCCAGUCCUCCGAGGAUCUUACAAAGUUACGAACACAUAGUCGAAUUUUUGUAGUGGAUUGUGAAACCUUGUAAAUAAUAAUUACCAAUCUCGGAUAAGAAAUGGCGAGAGGUAACGCUAGAGAUCUUGCGCGCGAAAAGAAUCAAAAGAAACAGCAGGAACAAGCAAAAAAAAAAGGAAUUUCGGACAAGGGUUCAAAUCAGGGUUUGACAUUGGAACAAAGAAAACAAAGAGAUGCUGAUAGGAUGAGAGAAAAACAACUAAAAAAACAAGAAGAUAAAUCAUAAAAUGGAUUUGUGUCACAGAUGUAUUUUAAUGCUGAGCUCAAAAUAAAUUCAAUUAUAUCGUGUAAUAUUGCCAUCUAUAAAUGUUUAGACUGCUUUUAGUCUUACUUAUCUUAUCCUUAUAAAGUAUAAACAUGAUUUUCUUUUAUAAAUUACAUUGAUUGUUUUAAAGUA